GUCAGUAAAGGCAACAUUGAAUCCCUCCAUCACACAGUAAUUUAUGAGAAGCUAUUGCUUAAGGAUGUCCUCUAAAGUUUACCUUAGCCUUAUGCCACUUGUGGUCAUACAAACAGUGACAGGAAUAAGAAGUCAAACAGCCUGAGGAGUAAAAUAUGGACAGAGACAAACUCAUGUUACACACCCAUCAAAACAAAGCAACAUGGAGGCUAAUGAAGCAAACAGUCUGCACAGGGACUGCUGGAAGACAGAGAUUAGUGCCCAAGUAUUUCCUUCUAUGUUCUUAUGCCUGCUUUAGAUCAUCCGUAUGUGUACCCUGUCUUCUAGUUUAACCUGGUGUGCGACAACAAGUGGAAACAGCCAAUGUCCUCUCUCAUCUACUUCCUGGGAUCACUUUGUGGCUGUUUCCUCUCUGGACAGAUCUCUGACCGGUUUGGCAGGAAACCUGUUCUGUUCAGUUCCAUUUUCAUACUAAGUGUCUUCAACAUCGCUUUGAGUUUUGCUCAGUCCUGGGCCGUCUUCAAUGUGCUUUUCUUCAUGGUGGGCAUGGGUCAGGUCAGCAUUUGCAUAGUUCUUCUUGUACUUGGUUCUGAGCUCCUAGUUGAUGUUCCAAGAGUUCUCUUCAGCAGCCUUGCUUUGAGCUUUUUCUAUUCAGCUGGUAUGGUGGCAUUCCCUGGCACUGCCUACAUAGUCAGGAACUGGAGAUAUCUAUCAGUGUUAAUGGCUUUGCCUGGUCUGGCCUGUUUCCCCCUUUGGUGGCUGGUUCCAGAAUCUUCUCGCUGGCUAGUGUCCAAAGGCCGUUUUAAAGAAGCAGAACUCCUGCUAAGGUUUGCUGCUCUGGAGAACGGAGUGGAAUUUCCAUCUGACCUCUUUCGCUCAGCAAAAUCUCAACAGUCUGAACAGUCGCAGCAACCCGAACAACCUCAACAGCCUGAACAACCUCAGCAACCUGAACAACCAGCACAACCUGAACAACCUCAGCAACCUGAACAACCUCAGCAACCUCAGCAACCUGAGGUUUCUGGUUACCUGGGUCUGCUGAGGAACACAACCACUCGAAGUAUCACACUCGUAGUGUGGUUUCUCUGGUUUUCUUUGAAUGUGAGCUACUUUGGAUUAUCAUUCAAUAUGACUACUCUCCAUGGCAACCCCUUUCUGAACUACACCUUGCUGUCACUAAUGGAUAUCCCGGCACACUUGGUCAGCUGGUUUAGCGCAAAAUAUUUUCCUCGCCGCGUGUCCUUUAUUGUCUUCUCCCUGCUGUUGGCGCUGGCACUCUUCCUCAUCCAGAUCACUUUGCACAAGUAUCACAACAUCACCCUCACCCUGGUGCUGAUAGGUAAAUUUGGAGUCCUGGCUUCUGAAAGAAUCCUGCACCUGCUCACUGGAGAGCUGUCUCCCACAGUCAUCAGGAAUACAAUGUUGUCGUCUGCUGCCUUAUUCUCCAGAGUGGGGUCCUCUAUCACCCCAUACAUAUUGCAGCUGGCUGUGUUCUACGAGUUCCUGCCGUGGUUGACUGUGGGUCUCCUGUCAGUCAUCGGUGUCUUUGUCUCCCUUUUCCUUCCGGAGUCAUUUGGAAAACCGCUUCCUGAUACCAUCGAUCAGAUGCAAGUCAUUAAGAAGUUCAAAUUUAAAGGGCUCUGUCGCCAAAAGGAUGAUGGGAAUUCAGCUGAGGUCUAGGAGCCAGCUGUCAGCGAGACUUCUCUGUUUGAGAUCAAAUGCUCAACUGCCUUUUAAAGCUCGUGAUGCAGAAAUGAACAAAUUAUUUGAAUUUGCUUUUCUAGUCUUGUGUUAGCAAUUGUUAGCCACAUUUUUAACCAUGUGUAUGUUCUUUUUAUUCUCUAAACUUUUUUUAAUAUAUCCCCCCCCCAGAAACUAUACGGUGUCUACCUCAUCAUGUAGAAAGGCCCCAGUCAUGAGACCAGGAAGACCAGGAACCUUCUUGUUGUGAGGCCGCAGCGGAAAUUACCACAAAAACACUUGUUCAUCCUGAGCAGGAAUAUGGAAGUGAAACAACAAAAAGAAAAAAAUUAAAAUUUUAAAUCAACUUGAAUUUAAGUCGUGUGAGCAGUUGCUAUGCUUGGAUUAUACGAUUUAAAAUUUGUGUUUAAAACUUACAAUUUUUUUAUAUCAUUUUGAUGAAAUAAAAAGACUUUGAUUAAGGAGUUACCAUAAAAGACUUGAGGGUGGAGUGCUUGCAUUGGUUACUGAUGCUUUGGAUUGUUGUUGGUUACAUAAUAGAAAUAACAAUAAUAAUAGAGAUGAUGAUAAGAACAGUAUAUUAAUAAUA